AUGCAAAGUCUUCUGUAUUGCUGCGUGCUGGCUGGCGCUCUGAUUUCGAUCCACGUUCAUGGCCAGGACACGAAUCGCACACUGUCUUUAGCAAAUGAGACUGGUGCGGUUAAAAAUUACACUAUCGAUGUAAAAAAGCUGGCCAAAAUAGUGCUUCCCCCAGAUCACGACCCUCGCGUCAUUGGCGGCCAAAUAACCACAAAUGCAAAGUUGGGAGGAUACCUAAUGGCAUUGCUAUAUGGCAGGGAUUUUGUCUGUGGUGGCGCUCUGAUCCAUGAGCUCAUCGUCCUGACGGCGGCCCACUGCUUUUUGGGUCGGAUGAAGGUUGCUCAGUGGACUGUGGUCGGCGGUAUUUCGAAACUCCAUCAAAGAGGUUUGCGUCGCCAAGUGAAGGACUUUAUCAUUUCUGAAAAGUUCGAAGAGGACGAGAUGAAUAUGGAUGUGGCCGUAAUGCUGAUGAAAAGUCCCAUGAAAGGCAAGGGUAUCGGAAAACUUUCGCUAUGCUCGGUAGCCCUCAAUCCAGGCAUUGAACUAGUUGUUUCCGGUUGGGGCAUGACCGUUGCCAGAGGACGUGGACCCCAGCCCUUGCUACGUACGGUCACAGUGCCAAUUAUACAGAAGAAAAAAUGCCGUUCCGCCUAUCAGCCCAUGGCUAAAAUAACAGACAGUAUGCUAUGCGCUGCAGUCCUUGGAAAGAAGGAUGCGUGCACCUUUGACUCUGGAGGUCCUUUGGUUUACAAAAAGCAGGUUUGCGGCAUUGUCUCCUUUGGCAUUGGAUGUGCUAGCAAGCGUUAUCCUGGCGUCUACACGGAUGUCAUUUACGUGAAGCCCUUUAUCGAGAAGAGCAUGAAGGUUCUGUUGGCAAAAAAAUAAAAGACUUGUUCACAACCGA